AUGAAGUCACAAGAACAGGAAGCUCGUGGAAAGAUUGGGCAUAAUAAAAUAAUGAAACCAAUUGAAUUAAUUUUAUUUGAACGUUAUAAACAAAAAUUUGAAGAGACUCAUCCCUCCACACAUUUUUUCUAUUCAUCCUCCCCAAAUACAUCAAAAUCCACAAAUCAAUCCUUAAAUGAAAUUCAAAGUUUGGACGAUCCAUCUAUGCAAGAUUCAGCUUCUACCGAUUAUUUAUUAAAUCAUAAUAAAAAGAAAAGGAGAAGUUUGAGUUUUGGGGGCCUAUUUUGUGUUGGUUCUACUAGCAAAAAUAAUGAGGAAUCGAGGGAUAUAUCUAAGGUAUACUGUAGUUAAUUAAGGUUUUAGGAGGGAUAUACAGAUAAUACUGGAUUAGGUAAGAUCUUUUUUAUAUCAUGAACUAGGUGUAGAAAAAUUAAGAGUAAUACGAAAGAGCCUCGCUAUAAUGUACACACCGGGGAUCACGCCGACCCGAUACACACUUCCCGAAAAUCGUGAAUUUGGCUUAUUCCACGAUAUUCUCGUACACACUUAUG